AUGGCUGACGGCUGGUUGAACCUCCGGUCAGAAGAGGAGAGAGGGCAGGAAAGCAGCAUGGGGGACUCGAGCAAUCUGGACGACAGCCUCACCAGCCUCCAGUGGCUCCAGGAGUUCUCCAUCAUCAACGCCAGCGUGGGCAAGUCGUCCUCAUUGCCCAGUGGUGCCGACCCUCACGACUACCACAAGAUCCCCGGCUCUGCGGCGCCAUGCUCCCCGCUGGCUGCUGACCCCGCGUGCAUGGGCAUGCCUCACACCCCUGGCAAGCCCAUCUCCUCCUCGACGUCCAGGACUGCGCACCUCGGCCUGGGCAUGCACGCUCAACCCAUGGAAGACAUAGACUACAAGACCAACCCACAUGUAAAGCCACCUUACUCAUAUGCCACGCUCAUCUGCAUGGCGAUGGAAGCCAGCAAGAAGACUAAAAUCACCCUCUCCGCCAUCUAUAAAUGGAUUACUGACAACUUCUGCUACUUUCGGCAUGCUGACCCCACCUGGCAGAACUCCAUCCGGCACAACUUGUCCUUGAACAAGUGCUUCAUCAAGGUGCCUCGAGAGAAGGAUGAGCCAGGGAAGGGUGGCUUCUGGAAGAUCGACCCUCAAUAUGCCGACCGGCUCAUGAACGGCGCCUUCAAAAAACGGAGGAUGCCGCCAGUGCAGAUCCACCCAGCCUUCACCAAUAGAGCCCAGCAAGAGGCAAGGUCUGUCACAAGCCCAGCAGCUUCCUCUUGGACCAGCAAUAAUGUCCUGAAUGUCAAUAUGGAGUCGCAGCAGCUGCUGAAAGAGUUUGAAGAAGUUACCGGCGACCAGAACUGGAAUCCAGCAGAUGCAAAAGCAGGCCACAAGCGCAAGCAACCAUUGCCCAAACGGACGGCCAAGUCGGCUCGGCUUUCCAGCUCUCCCUUGCUCACCCAGGAAGAACAAACAGAACUGGGAUCGCUGAAAGGUGACUUUGACUGGGAAGCCAUCUUUGACACCACCUUGAAUGGUGAUUUCUCCUCUUUUGAGGAUCUGGAGCUCACACCUCCAAUCAGCCCGAUAACUCGAGACGUGGACUUGACAGUACACGGCCGACACAUCGACUGUCCGCAGGAGUGGUGCCCCACUGGGCACGACCAGGUCCUGACCGAAUCCAACCAGAACAGCCUGGACUUUGAUGAAACCUUCAUGGCCACUUCUUUCCUUCAGCAUCCCUGGGAUGAAGGGAGGAACGAUUACCUCUCAAACUCCGUCAGCGUGGACCAAUUGUUUGAACUCAACGACACUUGUUUGCCAGCUGAUGUGAAUGACUGGAGCAGUGUGGGAUCCUUUUUAUAAGAGGUCAUUCAUGAUCUAAAGGACCUUACCAAGCCCACAUACCACUUUACCUUUAGCAGGAUGCUCCCCCCGUGCUGCUGAACUUA